CCAGCUCGAUCGGGCUCAUCCGUCUCAGUGUCCCGUGUGAUCAAGGACUUCGCAGAGAAAACUCUACAGAGGACAACGAUGCUGGCUGUACUCCUCAUCGCGGGGGCACUGAUUCCCCUAACACAUGCUCAAGAUUUUCCACUCGCCCUUUUAUCGACUGAAAGCCAAAUGAUCUCAAGCCGAUUCUUCAACUCCCUGCUGCUGACUUUACCCCCCUGUAACUACGCUGGCAAGAACGUGGACCUAGAGUAUCAGAAUUUGGACAUCAAUACAAAAUACUACAUAAGCAACAUUUUCACCAUUCCAAGCUGUAUCAACACCGGGUACCCGAAUGGAUUAUCUGCGUUUAGCAGGCGCAUCGGGUAUCAGCUGAUGAACCUUAAUGAGAGCACACAGUACAAGAUUAUCUAUAAAAUUGGAAUUCUCAGUAGCACCCCCUUGACUGCAAGUACAAGAACAGCAGUUAACUACACGGAUAUCGACCUUAGCUUCGCCGGACGCAGCGCGGCAAUGGUGGUGAUCACAGCCGUUCUCUCUGUGACUAUGUUUAUCCUCCUGCUCGGUAUCAUCAUCAGUUUGUUUGUGUCGCCUAAAAAAGAUUAAAUCCAUCACUUUAGAUUCAGAAAUGAAGUCUAUUACCACCAAACUGUAUGUCCUGUUCAAAAACUUGUAUUUCAUCUAAUAUUUUUUCCAUAAGACAUAAUAAAAUUAAGAAUUACGCUAGUUAUCAAGCAGAUUUUUGUACAUUUAUUUUCUUUCAUAGGCGGUACGGUGGCUUAGUGGUUAGCACAGUCACCGUGCACCUCCAGGGUCCGGGUUCGAUUCCCGCCUCCCGAGUUUGCAUGUUCUCCCUGUGAUUGGUGGGUUUCCUCCAAGUACUCUGGUUUCCUCCCAGUCCAAAGACAUGCAGAAGUUUCCUGGGAUAGGCUCCACACCCCAGCCCCC